CGAACGAGCCGUCGUGCGCGAUAAACGCAACGCUUGCUGCGGCUACUACGACCGAAGUUGCGCGUUUGGGCUAGUGGUGUGUGUUUGUUUAUUUAUUUUCAAGCUUAAUUUUACCUUAUUCACGCACCCUUGCAGGUGUGUGCGGGCGCAGGGAUCCGCAAUUGUUAAGUGGAGUGCAUCAGUGUGUACAACGCAAGUGUGUGAGAAAGUGCAUUUUGCGUUCCGUUCUGUUUCUGCCCCACAGGUAAACACGAUGUCAAUGAAAAUGCUUUCCCUCGAGGAUGACCAGCGAUUUGCGCUGAUGAAGUUCCGUCGGCAGGUGGUUGACAUACUGAAACCGGAGCACGAUGAUUACUAUCUGGUGCGUUGGCUACGAGCACGCAACUGGAACCCGGAGGCGGCGGAAAAGAUGCUGCGCGAUUCGAUGAAGUUCCGGGAGCGCUGGAACACGGACGAGAUCGCCAAGUGGCCAACGCCCCAGAUCCUGCUCGACUACAGCCCGCACGGUGUGUCCGGCUACGAUAAGGAAGGCUCACCGAUCAUCAUCAUACCGUUCGCCGGGUUCGACAUCUGGGGCCUGCUGCACAGCGUGUCCCGGGCCGACAUCGUGCGCAUGACGAUGCAGGCGCUCGAGGGCUACAUGCAGCAGGCGUACGAGCAGAGCAAGAAGACCGGCAACCCGAACAGCCGCCAGUUUAUCGUCGUGUUCGAUAUGGACAACUUCAACCUGAAGCAGUACAUCUGGCGCCCGGCGAGCGAGGUGGUGAUCUCGCUGAUCAAGAUGUACGAGGCGAACUAUCCGGAGAUCCUGAAGUGCUGCUACAUCAUCAACACGCCGAAGGUGUUCGCGUUCGCGUACAACAUGGUGAAGAAGUUCCUGGGCGAGUACACGAUCGACAAGAUACGGAUCUACAAGCCGGACCGGUCCAAGUGGCUGCCCGCGAUCCUGGAGCGGUGCGAUGCGGACCAGCUGCCGGCGUACUUCGGCGGCACCCAGACCGACCCGGACGGCAAUCCGAAGUGCGAGACGAAGAUCUGCUGGGGCGGCAAGGUGCCGAAGGAGCUGUACACCUCGAAGGAGGACAGCUUCAACAACAAUCUGACGUUCACGGAGACGGAGAUCCGGAAGGGUGGCCGGCUGAAGCUGACGUUCGACUGUGAGGAUGCGGGCUGUUUCUUGAAGUGGGAAUUCCGUACGUUCGAUCACGACAUCAAGUUCGGCGUGAAGUGCGUGAACAAGAAGACGGAGGAAUCAGUUAUCGAGGUGCCGCUCAAGCGAGUAUCCUCCCAUCAGGUGGACGAGUCCGGGUUUAUCACCUGCCAGCCGGGAUGCACAUAUCACGUGCUGUUCGACAAUUCGUACUCGUACUUCAAGACGAAAAAGAUCCGCUACUCCGUGCUGAUGACGGCGCCGCUCAACGACGAGGAGCAAACGAUGGCCCCGAUUGCCGUGACGGAGGAGGAAACGUCCCCGGCGGACGGUGGUACGGCCGAGGAUUGAACGCCGAAGGUUGGACGGCGAGUCAUCUGAUGGCUGGGCAGGGUGCGCUUUGUACUUUUAAAAGAACACGGUCAGUUGUCCUUCGGUACUCACACAAAAACGAACAUCAAGGGAAUAGAGUGUUCCAGUACUACAUACAGGGAGAUGCAUCGGGUUAGGGCUGAUAAAAUGUUAUUGCAUUCUGAAAACAAACGUAAAGUGAUGAACCGUCGCGCAAAAAUGUCGUGAGCCAAAGAUUUUGAGUUGUUGUGUGUGUGCUUUAAAUCGUUUUCUUCCCUUCCAACAUCUGUUCCCUCAGCAUACUUUUUACAGCUUUCACGUGUGUUUGACACAAUCUUUCCUUAUCACCAGCUUAGGUGUGUUCGAUUCCAUUUCUUUUGCCCUUUUGAAAAAAGCCGAAACACGCCCGAUAUACGCGCGACAUUCCAUUACAGGGUGAUAUUUGAUUAGAUAGUAAGCUCCCAAAAAUUGCAUAUCCCAGUGGCUGUGGCGACGUUUGUCCUUAUCGGUGACCAUUGUAAAAAAACAAGCAAACAAAACAAUAAAAAUACAUACUAAUAUUAGUUGCUGGUGAUAAAACAAAAAAACACAGUGGGACGGGGACACACGAUAUUCUCUCGUGGAGAGUAGAGUAGAGCGGGCUCGUGUAAUGCCACGGGUGGUAAUUAGAUUAGGACAGCAGCAGCAAGCGGCAACCAUGUUGAGGGUAAGAUAUAAGGGCUAACAACCGAACGGUUAACAACCCAACGGUUUUAACAGUCUGUGAAGGAUACGAGGAACGCUCGAUGGGAAGCGUAGCCCCUUUGUUUGUUUGUGUGCGUAAAUGUAAAAAGCGGAAGUACAUACAUCCCACUGUGUGCUGAAACUAUAAUUAAGCUCAAUAAACCGUACGGAUUGGUUGUCAAGCAAA